GCGAGUCCUAACCCACCGCCCCAGCGGCCCCGUCUGCCUCCCGGGAUGCCUCUGCAGGUUAGCGAUUACAGCUGGCAGCAGACGAAGACUGCGGUCUUUAUCUCUGUGCCCCUCAGGGGCGUCUGCGUCAGAGAUGCGGACGUGUUCUGCACGGAAAAUUAUCUGAAGGUCAACUUUCCUCCAUUUUUGUUUGAGGUGUUUCUCUAUGCUCCUAUAGACGAGGAGAGCAGCAAAGCCAAGAUUGGGAAUAACACUAUUAUUUUCACCUUACAUAAAAAAGAAGUGGCCAUGUGGGACACCCUUUCUGUAUCAGGCGCUGACAAAGAGAUGAUGCAAAGAAUAAGAGAGAAAUCUAUUUUACAAGCACAAGAAAGAGCAAAAGAAGCUACAGAAGCAAAAGCUGCAGCAAGGCGGGAAGACCAAAAAUAUACACUAAAUGUCAUGAUGAAGAUUGAAGAAGAAGAGAGGAAAAAAAUAGAAGAUAUGAAAGAAAAUGAACGGAUAAAAGCAACUAAAGAAUUGGAAGUCUGGAAAGAACGUCAAAGAAAAGCUGAAGAACAAAAAAGAUUUCAGAGAAAAGAGAAAUCACAUCAACAAGAAAAACAAAUUGAAGAAGAGAGAAAAAAAUUAAAACAUAAAAGUCUUACUAGAAAUUCAGCAUCUAGAAAUCUUGCCACAAAAGGGAGAAAUUCAGAAAAUAUAUUUUUUGAGAAGUUAAAGGAAGACAGUAUUCCUGCUCCUCGCUCUGUUGGCAGUAUUCAAAUCAACUUUACCCCUCGAGCAUUCCCAACUGCUCUCCGGGAAUCACAGGUAGCAGAAGAAGAGGAGUGGCUACACAAACAAGCAGAGGCACAAAGAGCAAUGAACACUGAUAUUCCUGAACUUUGUGAUUUAAAAGAAGAAGAAAAGAACCCAGAAUGGUUGAAGGAUAAAGGAAACACAUUAUUUGCAACAGAAAACUAUUUGGCAGCUAUUAAUGCAUACAACUUAGCCAUAAGACUAAAUAAUAAGAUUCCACUAUUGUAUUUGAAUCGGGCUGCUUGCCACCUAAAAUUAAAAAACUUACACAAAGCCAUCGAAGAUUCUUCUAAGGCACUGGAAUUAUUGACACCACCUGUUGCAGUCAAUGCUAAUGCAAGAAUGAAGGCACAUGUACGACGUGGAACAGCAUUCUGCCAACUAGAGUUGUAUGUAGAAGGCCUACAGGAUUAUGAAGCUGCACUUAAGAUUGAUCCAUCCAACAAAAUUGUACAAAAUGAUGCUGAGAAGAUUCGGAAUAUAAUACAAGGAACAGAACUAAAAUGUUAAUGACUACUAGAAGCAACUAGGUAUUGUAAUAGGUAUUAAACUUUUCAAAAAUGCUGCAGGCAUUAGGAGUAUUUGUACAUAUUUGGCUGAUUUUGCAGAAUCACUUUAUCUUUCAUACUCUAGUUCUGUAGAGGGCAAAAUAUAAAUCUAUGGAAAAUAAUAUGUUUGACUUGAAUGGUAUCUGAAUUAGUAAAUCAAAAUAAGAAUAAUCUAUUUUAGUUCUUUGCUUUUUGAUUUUUAGAUAUAACUUAAUUAUAUAUUUUUUGUUAUGAGUUCAACUUGCCCUCGUAACUAACAAAAUAUUUGUUGGUAUGAUUACCAGGACACUUAUUGAUUUAUUUUUAACAAGGUAGAAUUUUUAAAUAAAAGAUUGUGUUU